CGAAGAAGCAGAAGAAGUAAACCGAUUCUGGUAUUUGUUAGCUUAGCCUGAAUGUGCCUCCAAAUAUGUGAGAAAUGUGGGGUUUACCAGAUUUCGGACACACUCUCCACUUUAACUGCCAUUACCUGCAUACCAUGGGGGGACUAUCCGUUUCUGUCGGAUUUGGACAUCUUGGCUGGAAGGGACUGUCGCUGUUUCUGUGGCUCUUGUUAUUGUAGCUAGCGCUAACGUUAGCUAAAUUAGCUAACACUGCUGUCUUUGCUCUCGGCAUAACCGAUGUUGAUUCAUUGCUGCGGGGCAGCAAGUUAAACAGAAAAAACAAGGUAACUGUGGAUCAAGUUGCAGGCAUAAAGAGCGGACCUGAGCAAUGUUCAAGUUACCCUUUUUAACUCAUUAGCUAACUGGCCAGUAUUUUUGGCAGGGUUGUGGUGCACGUUAUCCUAACGUUUUUUGACAAGUGAAAUGAAACAUCUGCCGCUGCAUGCUGUAGAAGAAGAAACCUCAGUUAAAAAUGUUCUUACAAGCAAAGGUUGGCCAACACAUCUUACACUGCCAGCAGCGUAAGCUUUAACGUUAACUCGCUGGCGUUAUUGCUGUCUACACAUUUUGAGAUGGAGCGGCGGAUGGCAGCCAGUGAGAUGGCUUUCGCUCUGCACAAUACAUCUGCCUGAGUUGUACACCUGUGAGAGGGAAAUCAUGUCUUGCAAAGCCGCAACCAAGGAAAAGAAGUCGAGCUUCAGCAAGAAGCUGUUCAGGCGAGGCUCUGUGCGCUCUGUGGGCAGUUUUAUGAGCAGAGUCCUGAGGACGCUGACAGCCUUAUCCCACUUUGGAUCUGAAGUACAAACAGAGAACGACAAAGAUGAUGGAGGAUUUUCCACUUUUAAAUCUGGAAGUAAAGAUGUGCCCAUGGAUGAUGGGGACAUGGGGGGUUUCCUGUCUGGAGAGAGAGUUCCUGGAGUGUCAGGUCUCAAAAACCACGGGAAUACCUGCUUCAUGAACGCAAUUCUCCAGUGCCUCAGCAACACUGAACUCUUUGCUGAGUACCUCGUUCUGGAGCACUAUAAAGGCGAGGAACUGGAUGAGGACAAACCGAAGACCAAUGGCGUAUAUCUGCAGAAGAAGGACCCUCUGGCCAAAGGAGAAGUUACGGAGCAACUGUCAGGACUUGUGCGGGCUUUAUGGACGUUUGAGUAUACCCCUCAGCACAGCAGAGACUUCAAGAAUGCUGUGUCAAAAAAUGCCACGCAGUUUAAAGGGAACGCUCAGCAUGAUGCUCAAGAGUUUCUGCUGUGGCUGCUGGACAGAGUACACGAGGACCUCAACACAGUCAACCCCAACAGCAGGCCCGCUAUAAAGCCACCUAUUGAAGAAGAUGACCAAAGCAUAGAGGGGCCCUCACCUCCCCUCUCUGCUGGGUCGUUCGUACAAGAACUGUUUCAGGCACAGUACAGGUCUUCUCUCACCUGCCCACAUUGCCAAAAGCAGAGCAAUACCUUUGAUCCUUUCCUCUGCAUCUCCUUACCCAUCCCAUUACCUCACACACGGCCCUUGUAUGUGACAGUGGUCUACCAGGGGAAGUACUCUCACUGUAUGAGGAUUGGAGUUGCUGUUCCCCUCAACAGUACCGUUUACCGUCUCAGAGAUGCUGUGUCACGUGAGACCAAGAUCCCAAUGGACCAGUUUGUUUUGACUGAAAUGUACUAUGAUGGUUUUCAUCGUUCAUUUUGUGAUGAUGACGACGAUCUUGACAUCAUUCAAGAGAGUGAUUCCAUCUUUGCCUUUGAGACACCAGAGACCUUCAAACUGGAAAAUAUUCGCACAAAGAGAGGAAGUCUUCUUGCAAACCUGAAUCAUAACAACUUGAAGUAUGGGACAGAAAUCAGCAGGACUCCGUCUUUCAUGCAGGGGGCCAUGACUCCUGUAACUGCAUCACCCAAUAAAAACCUGGGACCGGAAAAAAUUAUCCUGUUAGUGUGUAACAGAGCUUGUACUGGCCACCAAGGAAAGAGGUUCGGCUUGCCUUUUGUGCUGUACAUGGAGCGCACUGUGACCUGGGAUGCUCUUCAAAAAGAGAUCCUGGAGAAAAUGCGUCAUCUUUUGAGGCCUGGGGUCUACAUUCAGGUGGGACCUUUCAGUCUUCGGGUGGUUGGCGUUGUUGGUAUAACCUACCUCCUUCCCCAAGAUGAGCGACCACUGUGUCACCCAACUGUGGAAAGAGCAUACAAGUCCUGUGGACAAGGGGGGCCACCACAUGUGAAGAUAGUGGUAGAGUGGGACAAAGAGACCAAGGACUAUCUGUUUGGACACACUGAGGAGGAGUACAUUCCUGAUGCUGAGAGUGUGUAUCUGCACAGAGAGCAACAUCAUCAGCCGCAGGCCUGCACCCUUGCUCAGUGCUUUCAGCUCUACACUAAGGAGGAGCAGCUGGCCCCAGAUGAUGCCUGGCGCUGUCCCCACUGCAAGCAGCUACAGCAAGGCCGCAUUAAGCUCAGCCUGUGGACGCUGCCGGAUGUCCUCAUACUGCAUCUCAAGAGGUUCAGACAGGAGGGGGACCGGAGGGUGAAGAUGCAGAACAUGGUGAGGUUCCCAUUGAUGGGCAUGGACAUGGCACCUCAUGUGGUUAAGAGGAGUCAGAGCAGCUGGAGUUUACCUUCCCAUUGGUCACCAUGGAGAAGACCCUAUGGCCUGGGAAGAAACCCUGAUGACUACCUAUAUGACCUGUAUGCUGUGUGCAACCACCAUGGGAAUAUGCACGGAGGCCACUACACUGCUUACUGCAAGAACUCCAUUGAUGGUCAGUGGUACUGCUUUGAUGACAGUGAGGUUUCACCAAUAGCUGAUGAUGACGUGUGUCAGCAGACCGCCUAUAUACUCUUUUACCAGAGGAGGACUGCUAUUCCCUCCUGGUCAGCCAACAGCUCUGUUGCCGGUUCCACCAGUUCAUCCCUGUGUGACCACUGGAUCAACAGGCUGCCCGGUAGCAGGCCUGCUAGUUUGGCCUCUGGGGCCUCAUCCAGACGCACCUCUCUGGCUUCACUGCCUGAGUCAUUAGAGUUUCCAGGAGAACGCAGUGAGGAUGAUGGAGGAUUCUCUGUCCGCCCUUUUGUGAGAAGCAUUCAGCAUCAGAGCUUGUCCUCCAGGUCGUCCAUUGCUAGUCCUUUAGCCUUCAGUGACAGUGGGAUAAAGCCUUCUUGGUCUCUCUCUGCAAAGCUGCAUAUGAGAUCCAACUCACCCUCACGGUUCUCCCUAGACUCUAGAUGUUCACCUCCUCUAGAGAAGAUAGGAGAGAUCUGUGAUGACAAGGUUUCCACAUCCUGUUUUGGCAGCUAUAGUAGACAUGAACGCUACUUUGGCAGCAAGACUCCCUUAUCUAUGAUGGAGAGCAACUUCAAUGACCAGGACAACAAUAAAAGGUUCCUAGAUAUGAUUUAUUGCAGGGCUCCCACUCCAGUGGAAAAGAAGAGCACCAAAAAUGAGCCAACUGAAAACAACAACCAGAUUACAGCUAUAGACCAAAACAUACUACCCACCCAGGCAACUCCCUCCAAAGAACAGAAACGUAAGAGCAGCAUUGGAGGAUUUGCCUCAAAGGCAGAAAGCAUAGGCUCCACAAAGAGCUCCAGCAAAGUGGAGCAAGAGAAAACCUCCAAAAAACGUUUGUGCGCAACCCAUAAGAGCUCUGCUUCUGAGACGUCUUCCAGUACUCCUGUGAAAGGCAAGAAGGCGAGCAGUACUAAAGAAAAGAGUGUAAAUGCCAAGAAAAGCACCUCAACACCCACUGGGACUCCCUCCAAAACAAAGGAAGCAACUCAGCCUCUAGAGGCAACGCCACAACAUAAGCCAUGUGUCCGCUCCACACCUCAGUCCUCAGCUUCUCCCUCACCAACUGCAAAGAAGAAUUCCAGUCUCACAGAGAAAAGCGCUACGAGUAGUCGGAAACGACUGGUAGAAAGGAGCUACAGCAGAGAUUCUAUGCACACUAGCCCUCUGGUCGACAAUGUCCGAGGCAGCUCGGUAGCGCGCUCUUCACUCUCUAAGAGUGGGGAAAGCAACCGGCUUGAAAGGAGAUCUGUUAGGAGCUCCAGCAGCAGCUCCUCUGUCACUAGCCUGCGCUCACCAAGUGUAUCCACCAGAGACCUGCAGCGCAGCAGCAAAUCUGAGGAAAAAGGGUUAUCUUUUUUCAAGAGUGCCCUUCGACAAAGGGAAAGCCGCCGGUCGGCUGAUUUAGGAAAAAGCACCAUGCUUGCCAAAAAGGCCUCAGAGAGGACAUGCAAGCAAAAUGGACAAGCCAAGGAGAUCGGUGCUGAUAAUGGAAAGACAGGUGGAGCUGUGUCUGCACAGACGUCUAUGGAGACUCAUGGAGGUGAGACAAAGUCAGAGACAAAGGAGUCUUCCAAGCCCCCCAGCUCUCUCAGUCGCACUCUAUUAAAUGUAGGCAAAUCCAAGUCUUCCACCUCUGAAGUAAGUCUCAAGUCUCCCACAAACGGGAAGAAGCCUCUUGAAAGAAUGGCAUCUUCCCGAAAGCUGUCGUCAAGCAUGCAAUCUCCUGCACGUACAACACAGAGGCCUCAAUGAUAUAUCCAUAGUAGUUAUAUUGAACCUACAUAUCGCAGCUAUUAUUUUUUGUGCCUAAGUUUCAGUGAGCACCACAUGUAUUUGUAAAGAGACACAUUUUUUGAUGUUAUGGUUUUGUACACUUGCAUAAUAUGUAUAGGAAGGCUUUGAGGUUUGAGUAUUGAGUAUUUUUAGCUGUACUGGAUAAAAAGUAUAGGGCCGUACCCCAUUUGCAUAUUUGGGUGCCAAAAACCUGCCUGCUUCCAGUUCUGCUUCUUAGAUUAGCGCAUACUGUUACCAAUUUCCUAUUCAAGCAUUAGGUGUGAUUCGGAUGUGAGUGAGAAAGUGGAGGGCAGGGUAAUUGCUUGACACAUUAGAUGUUUUCUGGCAUGGAGGGUACAUAAGCAUGCCAUAUGCAUUCAGCUGUACAGCACAGCCUGUUUGAUUGUGUGUACUUGUGGCCUGCAUGACAGCUGACAGAAUUCUCUAUUGGAAUCUUGAAAUCCAAUUAUCGUUCCUUCAAACAAGAGGCUUGUUAUAUCUUUGAAAAAUAUCCAGCUAGAAAACCCUUAUUUAAAAAUGCAGCAACUUAAACAUUAAAAAAUUAAGAGGAUAAGAAAAAUUGUCAGCUUGUAUGCACCAACAAUGCAUAGUUUGUCUGGUAGAGUAACAUUUUUAAUCAAUAUACAUUCGAAUUUUUCAGUUUGAGAUGAAAAUAAGCUGAUUAUUGAUGCUUUAACCUCACUGCUGUUCUAAAUACAUUUUAAACUCAACAACAGGGAGAACGGAACCGUAACAUUGAUAAUAGUCUCUGGACAAAUACUGAAACAGAGGGAAUCUGCUCACACACACGCACACACAUACAGAACAGUUUCAUUCCGAAAUAGUUGUGUCCAAGCAUUCAUAGUAGUUUUCAUUGAUUGUUUUAAGCCGAUCAAACUGACCAUUGA